AUGGAAUCAAGCGACUCCGGCAAGUGGAAAGAAGCGUGUGACUCGGAGUUCGAUUCGCUUCAGAGAAACGACACGUGGGAAAUCGUGCCUCUUCCGAAAGGUCGCAAGGCCAUCGGGUGCCGAUGGGUUUUUCGUGUAAAGGAGAAUCAAGAUGGCGAAGUUGAACGUUUCAAGGCAAGACUUGUGGCCAAAGGAUUCUCACAGAAAUUCGGAGUUGACUAUGAAGAAACUUUCGCACCGGUGGCCAAGUUCACAUCGAUUCGUGUGGUGCUCAGUAUGGCCGCUAAGUACGGCCUAAUGCUACAUCAGAUGGACGUCAAGACAGCGUUUCUUAACGGCUCCCUCAACGAAGACAUCUACAUGGACCAGCCGGACGGAUACCUGGAGGCAACACAGCCGGACUAUGUGUGCAAGCUAAAGAGAUCACUCUACGGCUUGAAGCAAUCGCCUCGCAUGUGGAACCAAACAAUCGAUGGGUUCAUGAUCAAGAUGGGAUUCAAGAAGUGCGAAUCGGACCACUGCAUCUACAUCAAGCGAGACGACCAAGACAUGAUUCUCGUGGUGCUCUACGUCGAUGAUCUCAUCCUGGCCAGCAGCAACAACGAACUCCUCAAGUCUGAUGAACUUUAG